UAUUCGCCAAGCACACGUUUACCACAUUUAGACUAAUUAGCAGCUAGCAGACUUCAUAAAUAUGACCUUUUAUUUCAGCCAGCGGUCGUUAUUCUGACAUUUCUUAUAGGCUGGCUGUCCACAUCAUGGCGUUUUCCCUGAGAAACGAUGCCCGCAGGCCUGAGAGCCCGGACCCCGAGUCUCCAGCUUUGUCCACCUGCAGCAACGCUGACAUCUUCCGCAGGAUGAACACCAUGCUGGGCAACGCUCUGGACUUCACCGGUGUGUGCACCACACCGAACAACGCCAAGCAAAAGCCAGACCUGGCCUGUGAGUCAGAGCUGGCUGCGGUGGGCAGCAGGAGGAUGCUUUUCCCCAACUGUGGGGGCAUACCCAGCUCCCAGGAGAUGCCUUCGUCCAGGGGCCCGGCGGAUAUCUCAGACCUGGGCCUUGGCCUUCAGUCUCUCCGUCUGUCUGGGUGGGACAGACCGUGGAGCAGCCAGGAGACAGAAACACACACAUCCCCAUCCCAGGUUCAGAACCGCUCACCCUCCAUGCUCGGCAUACUGAACAGUCCCUUCAGUAGUAUCCUUGGUAAGCCCCAGGGCUACUUGCCCCAUGAGUCCAUGAGCAUGACUGCUGACUUCCUGGAGAAGUUUCCUGGCAUGGCACGCAUGGCUAACCGACUGGACUCGAGCUCCUUUCUGGAUUCUCGCUCCAGCAGCCCUGAAGACUCAGAGACCAGCGGCUUCAGCUCUGGCUCAGAUCACCUCUGUGACAUGCUGUCCACUUUACGGAUUUCCCCUCCCUUACCUUAUCUGGCAUCAAAUGUGCAGAAGGAUCUGUUGCGAUUCAGCUCCCGCCUGGACCCCCAGGACACUAGCUCUCCUCUGACCCCACCAUCCACUGCCAGCCCCGCCUCCUCAACCUUUUCCCGCCGCUGGCGCUCUGGCUCUCCAUGGCCGGGUUCAGACGUCCUUGACCAGGCAGAUGAUACUUUCAGCAUUGAGAGGGAGGCACGGCUUCACCGACAGGCUGCAGCUGUGAAUGAAGCCACAUUCACUUGGAGCGGUCAGCUGCCUCCCAGAAACAACAAGGAUCCUCUGUAUUCCUGCAAGGUCUUCCUUGGUGGUGUGCCCUGGGACAUCACAGAAGCUGGUCUGAUAAACACCUUCAGUGGUUAUGGCCCUCUGACUGUGGAAUGGCCGGGUAAGGAUGGAAAGCAUCCUCGCUGCCCUCCCAAAGGUAAUAUGGCUAAAGGCUAUGUUUACCUGGUGUUUGAGAACGAGAAGUCUGUGCGGGCUUUGCUGCAUGCCUGCUCCCAGGACCCCUUUCAUCCAGAGGACAACAGAGAGUACUACUAUAAGAUGUCCAGCCGCAGAAUGCGAUGCAAGGAUGUGCAGGUGAUACCUUGGGUGAUCUCCGACAGUAAUUAUGUGCGCUGCCCCGCCCAGCGUCUGGAUCCCAGUAAGACGGUGUUUGUUGGUGCUCUGCAUGGCAUGUUGAAUGCAGAGGCGCUGGCCAGCAUCAUGAAUGACCUGUUUGGAGGUGUCAUGUAUGCUGGCAUUGAUACGGACAAACACAAGUAUCCCAUAGGCUCUGGACGUGUCACUUUCAACAAUCAGCGCAGUUAUCUGAAGGCUGUGUGUGCAGCAUUUGUGGAGAUUAAAACACCCAAGUUUACAAAGAAAGUUCAGAUUGACCCGUACCUGGAAGACUCCAUGUGUCAAGUUUGCCUUCGCCAACCUGGACCUUUCUUCUGCAGAGACCAGGCCUGCUUCAAGUACUACUGCCGCUCCUGCUGGCACUGGCAGCACUCGAUGGACAUCUUGAGCAACCACCGGCCUCUCAUGCGCAACCAGAAGAACCGGGACUCCAGCUAGAGGAGAUUGGGCCCAGACACUCUGAAGAGCCAGAGCAAGAGCGCCUCUCUACGGGGCAAGGCUGCCCACCAAGGAGAGCACGUGUGCCAGACGUCCCUCAGUAUGAGGACUCCAUGGUACUUCACCAGGCACUGGGGAUAUCACUGUAGAAAAUGUUCACUUUUGCACUUGCUACAUUUUUGCUGUUGUUCACAGUGGCACUAUGCACAUUGACCUUGUUGGGAUAGACAAGGGGCCCUUCACACUUACGCAUUUUCCCAGACUUGUGGCCAGACAGAAAGAUGGGAGUCAGCCUAAGGUUAAGAAGUGGAUGAAAAUGCCUUUUUUUUUUUUUUUUUCUUUUUUUUUUUGUUUACAUGUGUUGCAUAGUGAAGAGCAAUCAC